AUGCACGGUCACGGGAAGGACGAUCCGAACGCGGAGACGAUAGACGUCACGUUCAUCGAGAAGGACGGCACGGAGACGAAAGUGAAGGCGCCGAUCGGACAGAGCAUGCUCGAGGUGGCGCACAAGAACGACAUCGAGCUCGAGGGCGCGUGCGAGGGCUCCCUCGCGUGCUCGACGUGUCACGUGAUCAUCGAGGACGAGAAGGUCUACGACGCGCUGCCGGAGCCGGACGACGACGAGAACGACAUGCUCGACCUCGCGUUCGGGUUGACGGAGACGUCGCGGUUGGGGUGCCAGGUCAUCGCCGCGAAAGAGAUCGACGGCUUGCGUCUGUCGCUCCCGAGGGCGACGCGGAACUUCGCCGUGGACGGGUUCGUGCCCAAGCCGCACUGA